UAGGCUGAAAUACCAUAUUGCUGGUGUGCGUGGACAUGAUGACGAACCAUGCCUAAAAGCAGUCCCUGAGGCCGUACGUGAUUGUUAUGUAAUGGUUGAGGAGAUUGAAAGAAAAAAGAAACAAAAGGAGGAUCGAGCGGCCAUUGGGAGAGAGACAGUUUUAGGAAGAGGGACACAGUUAGGUUGUGUUGGAGACCCUUCUUCCUUACCUCCAUAUCGUCCCACUCAGUUUGCUACUGCUGGUGCUUCCGUUUCUGCUUUUGCUUCUAUAAGUGGCAGUGCCACCGCCACUUCUCGUGCUCCUACCACUAGUAGUUGUAGUGGGAAUGUUACCAUUGGACCUAGGAUUCGUAAAUCUAGGUUGGAUUCCUUCUUUGUGCCUCGCACUACUCCUGGGUCGCAACCGUCGCUUGAGGGCAUGGGUUGGAACAAGGAGGUCCAUGAUGCUGCUAAAAUGGCAGUUGGCAGGUUUUGGAGCUACAACUGUAUUCCAUUCUUUGUAGCCAAGUGAAUGUUUUACUAACUUUUAUGUUUGAUAACUUUGAUUGUUUUAAUUUUUAUACUUAACUUAUCUCAUUGAGUUUCUUUGCGACAGGUCUCCUUAUUGGCAACAAAAUGUUGAUGCCAUUACCAUAUGCGGGGCGGGGUUCAAAGCCCCUAGUGAGAGUGAUUUGAGAGGACCCAUUUUGUCUCAAAUGGUGGAUGAUGUGAAGAAGGAAUUAGAUGAACAAUGCUAGAUAUGGAGCACUAAAGUUUGCACCAUCAUGACUGAUGGUUGGACGGAUAGGAGAAAUAGAACUCUCCUUAAUUUACUUGUUUCUUCCGCAGGGGGCACCGUUUUCAUCAAGUCCAUUGAUGCCUCCACCCAUUGCAAGAAUGCCACCUACCUAUGUGAGCAGAUAGAGGAGGUGAUUGAUGAGGUGGGUGAGGAGAACGUGGUACAGGUGGUGACCGACAAUGCAGCAAAUUAUGUUGCUGCGGGUCGACUAUUGAAGGAGAGGCACCCAUCUAUAGUUUGGACUCCAUGUGCUGCUCAUUGGAUUGACUUCAUGUUGGAGGAUAUUGGAAAAAUCCCAUGGGUCAAGAGAUGUGUAGAAAGGGCAAGAAAUGUUUGCAAAUUUGUAUAUAAUCAUUCAUGGGCGUUGGCUCUUAUGAGACAAUACAUAGAGCAGAAGGAGUUAGCUCAUCCAAGAAUCACAAGAUUUGCCACAAACUUCCUCACAUUGCAGUCCAUGCUUAGGUGUAAGUCUGCCUUGAGACGUAUGAUUGUUGGUGAGGAGUGGUCUUCCUCAUCCUAUGCUACCACCCCUACAGAGAAAGAUAUGGCGGACUGCAUUUUUGAUGAGCAAGGCUUUUGGGUCCCUUGUGAUGAGAUAGUGAAGUUUGUUAAGCCCUUGGUGGUUUUGUUGCGAGUUGCGGAUGGAGAUAAGCCCGUAAUGGGCUAUAUAUAUGAGGGCAUGGAUAGGGCAAAGGAGGCCAUCAGAUUUGUCUGUGGAGGAGAUGAGAGCAAGUAUGGUCCCAUUUGGGAGAUCAUUGAUAGGAGAUGGCAUCAUCAGCUUCAUAGGCCCAUCCAUGCAGCAACCUAUUAUCUGUCCGGCAUUCCGUUUUAUCCUUUCUUUCAAGGCUGAUGUGGAGGUCCUUAAUGGGCUAUAUGCAAUCAUGGAGAAGAUGGGACCUGUUGGUACUUCUCAGAUAGACCUUUUUCGAGAGCUAUAGUUGUUCUCAGAUGCACAAGGGGAGACCUUCUCUCAUCCUGUCGCCAAAGAUGGUAGGACAACUAUGAUGCCAGAUCAUUGGUGGAACUUUUUUGGCCUAGAGACACCAAAUAUUCAGAAGUUGGCCAUUUGCAUCUUGAGCCAACCAUGCAGCGCAUCAGGUUGUGAGCGCAAUUGGAGUAUGUUUGAGCACAUACACUCCAAGAGGUGCAAUAGAUUAUCCGUGGAGAAGAUGAAUGAUCUCGUCUUUGUUCACUACAACCUCUGCCUGAGAAUGAGAAAGAAUGCAAUAGUUGACAUGUCUCCUAUCAUUCUAGAUGAGGUUGAUCUUGAAGCAAAGUGGGCCAAUGAGAAUCAGACAACUCCUGGGACUCCUACAACUGUAUUUAGUGAUGAUGACAUUGAUUGGAUCGACCAGGUAGAUAUAGAGGCUGAGGCUGUAGCCAUGGCAGAGGAGGAGUAGAGAGCACGAGCAGAGACAAGAAAUACUGAGACUCAGAGUGAGACAACUGUUCCUGAUGUUGGUGAGCAUGGCAUGGUGUCACGGGGAGUGACUAUGGCUGCUGAAUCAUCCAGGACCUACUUUAAACGCCUUCACAGGGGGCGAAGGUGAGAGGGUGCACGGCCCUCUGAGCCAUAGGCUUGUACACUUGUAGUUGUAUUUAGUAUUUACUAUUUACGUUUGGUAUUUGCAUGAAACAUUUGAUGAUGA